AUUACAAUGAGUCGGACUUUGGGAAUUCUGGUGAAGCUACUGCAUGAGGCGUCGGGGCACGCGGUGACGGUGGAGUUGAAGAGCAGCGAGCUUUACAGAGGUAGCAUGGUGGAGUGCAAGGAUAACUGGAAUUACCAGCUUGAAAACAUCACUUACACUGCUAAGAAUGGGAAGGUCUCACAACUAGAGCAUGUUUUCAUUCGUGGCAACAAAGUCAUAUUCAUGGUAAUACCGGAUAUGCUCAAGAAUGCUCCAAUGCUCAAGCAUUUGGAAGCUAGAAUCAAGGGCAAGGGUUAUGCACUUGGUGUUGGCCGAGGACGGGCUAUUGCUACGCGAGCUAGAGCUCAAGCUGCCAGUCGUGGAGCUACCCCUCGUAAGGGGGUCGUGCCACCUGUGACGAGGUGA